CUUUUGUUCUCUGCUCAGAGUGAUUCUCUCUCCAUCUCUCUCUCUUUCUCUCUCUAGGAAUGGGAAAGUGGAAUCGGAGAUAUCUGCCGAGAACGAAGUUCCGAAACAGCUAUGAAUAUGAAGAAACCCCUUCGUCUACCCCAAUACCCUACAGCAACCACCAAUUUCCUUCUGGGGUCGAGGACAACAGGGUGCCAUCAUGGGAAAUAGAUUAUUGCAAGUCAGAAAGAGUUCCUUGGAAUAAGGUUCUGGCAUCCAAAAAGUACAUCUACUGUUAUCCGAGUGUACUAAAUUGGGAUGCUUGUGCCGGUAAAGAAGCAUUGGAUAAUGCGAAACAACGAUACUGGGCAAAGAUAAACGGCCUGCCUUGUGACAACUCUUUGCCCGACCAAGAUAUGUACAUUGACGAAAUAGAUUGGAACCCGUAUAUGGAUCCUAAACUGAUGGCAGAUCUUGAACUCCAAGUUCCUAAUACCGAGGAAGCACCGCAUAUGGUUGAAAAGUUGGAGACAAUAAACGAAGAGGUGGAGCCCGCCAAAGCACAGUGCAGUAAAAAUCAAUCGAGUAGUGAUAAUCCAUGGGAAAUGAAUCAUGUGCAGAGUACAGUAGGUUUAACAGAUGCACCACAGGGAUGGUCUAGGUGGGAAGAUUCGGUAUGUCUGAAAAAUGAUAAUCCGUGGGAACAAAGUUGCAGCCAAGUUGUUGAUUCAUCGAAAGACAACGUUUGGAGAAGUAACAAUGAUUGGCCAUCUGCUUCGAGCAACAAUAAUAUUAAGCAAACUGAGUGGGGAUGUAGAGAAAAUAAUUCUUGGAAUCGGAGUAAUGGGAAUGCUGAAAAAUUAAAUAAUUCUUACGAAAAUAAUUAUUCUAUAGGUUCAAAAGAUAGAGGUUGGAGGGAAAACAAGAAUGAAUCUUGGGGCUGGAGGGGCAAUAGUAAUGAUUCUUGGGGUGGUGAACGGAAUUAUAGGGAUUCUAGAAGUUUUAGGCAGGGUGGAAGUAGUUCUUUUCGUGGUGAUUGUCGAAAGAGAGAAAAUUCUCUGCAGCACAAUUCUAAAUACAAGAGUUCUAGAUAUCAAGGUGACACAUAUGGAGAUAGUAAGCAGUUUUAAAAGGAUAAGAUUUUUGAAAAUUCGAUUUGUUUUAUCAUUUAUGUUGAAAUGCUUAGAGAGUUCGGCUGCCUGGGGAAUGCUAACUGUUUACUGUGUAGUACGUUUUGUGGUCUUUUGGAGGCUGAAGCUACAUGUCAACGAUGACAAAUGUUUCGAUCAACCUGUACGAGGGUAAGACCUUUUGUACUGUAUA